CGGGCGGCGACGCGGCCUGCGGGAGGCGGUGGCGAUGCAGCUGCGGCACGUUCGCACCCUGCUCGCCCCCCAGGAUGGAGCGGCCAAGGUCACGUGCAUGGCCUGGGCCCCCAACAACGCCAAGUUCGCGGUCUGCACCGUGGACCGGGUGGUCCUCCUGUACGACGAGCACGGCGAGCGCAGGGACAAGUUCUCCACCAAGCCGGCGGAGGCCAAGUAUGGCAGGAAGAGCUAUGUGGUGAAAGGCAUGGCGUUCUCCCCAGAUUCCACGAAGAUUGCAGUCGGGCAGACAGACAACAUCAUUUUUGUCUACAAGAUUGGGGAGGAAUGGGGCGACAAGAAGGUGAUCUGCAACAAAUUCAUUCAGACGAGCGCUGUGACGUGUUUGCUAUGGCCAGAGGAGAACACCAUUGUCUUUGGGCUCGUUGAAGGCAAGGUUCGUUUGGCAAACACCAAAACCAACAAAUCCUCUACCAUUUAUGGGACGGAGUCCUAUGUGGUAUCCUUGGCCUCCAACAUCUCAGGGAAGGGGAUCCUGUCUGGGCAUGCGGAUGGAACCAUCGUGCGCUACUUCUUUGAUGAUGAAGGCUCCGGGGAGUCCCAGGGCAAGCUGGUGAUGCACGCCUGCCCCCCGUACGCCCUGGCCUGGGCCUCCAGCAGCAUCGUGGCCGCUGGCUGCGACAAGAAGAUUGUGGCCUACGGGAAGGAGGGCCACGUGAUCCAAGCCUUCGACUACAGUAGAGACGCAUCAGAGAAGGAGUUUGCGGUGGCGGCCGCCAGCCCCGGGGGUCAGUCCGUGGUCAUCGGCAGCUUCGACAGGCUGAGGGUGCUGAACUGGAGCCCCCGCCGGAGCGCCUGGGAGGAAGCCAAGCCCAAGGAGAUCCCGCACCUGUACACCGUCACGGCCUUGGCCUGGAAGCGGGAUGGCUCCCGGCUCUGCGCGGGCACCCUCUGCGGUGGAGUGGAGCAGUUUGACUGCUGCCUUCGCAGGAGCAUUUACAAGAACAAGUUUGAGAUGACCUACGUGGGGCCUAGCCAGGUCAUUGUGAAGAAUCUCUCCACCGGCAUGCGAGUCGUCUUGAAAUCCCACUACGGCUACGAAAUCGACGAGGUGAAAAUCCUGGGCAAAGAGCGCUACCUGGUAGCCCACACCUCAGACACGCUGCUCCUGGGCGACCUUGGUUCCACCAAGCUCAGCGAGGUGGCCUGGCAAGGUUCGGGCGGGAACGAGAAGUUUUUCUUUGACAACGAGAACGUCUGCAUGAUCUUCAACGCAGGGGAGCUGACUCUGGUGGAGUACGGGAGCAAUGAGAUUCUGGGCUCUGUGCGCACCGAGUUCAUGAACCCCCAUCUCAUCAGUGUCCGCAUCAACGAGAGGAGGCAGCGGGGCAGCGAGGACAGCAAGCGGCUGGCCUAUCUGGUGGACAUCAAGACCAUCGCAGCGGUGGACCUUGUGGGGAGCUAUAAUAUCAGCACCAUCAGCCACGACAGCAGGAUUGACUGGCUGGAGCUAAACGAGACAGGUCGCAAGUUGCUCUUCCGGGACAAGAAGAUGAAGCUGCACCUCUAUGACAUUGAGACAGCCACCAAGACCACCAUCCUGAGCUACUGCUCCUACGUGCAGUGGGUCCCCGGGAGUGACGUGGUCGUGGCCCAGAACCGGAACAGCCUCUGCGUCUGGUACAACAUCGACACCCCCGAGCGAGUAACCAUGUUCCCCAUGAAGGGCGACAUUGUGGACCUUGAGAGGAGCAGCGGGAAGACGGAGGUGAUUGUGACCGAGGGCGUGAACACCGUCUCGUACACCCUGGACGAGGGGCUCAUUGAGUUUGGCACCGCCAUUGACGACGGGGACCACCACCGGGCUGUUGCCUUCCUGGAGACGUUGGAGAUGUCUGCUGAGACGGAGGCCAUGUGGAAGACACUGAGCCGGCUGGCGCUGGAGGCCAAGCAGCUGCACAUUGCGGAGAGGUGCUUUGCUGCUCUCGGGCAUGUGGCCAAGGCCCGAUUCCUCCGUGAGACCAAUGAGAUUGCAGGCCAAGUGUCCAAGGAAUAUGGAGGGGACGCCACAGACUACUACCAAGUCCGAGUCCGCUUGGCCAUGCUGGAGAAGAACUACAAGCUGGCCGAGAUGAUCUUCCUGGAGCAGAACGCCGUGGAGGAGGCCAUGGAGAUGUACCAAGAGCUGCACCUGUGGGAUGAGUGCAUCUCGGUGGCGGAGGCCAAAAGCCACCCUGCGCUGGAGAAGUUGCGCCACGGCUACUACGAGUGGCUGCUGCAGACCCAGCAGGAGGAGCGAGCGGCUGAAGUGCAGGAGACCCGCGGGGACCUGCAAGCCGCCGUCGGCCUUUACCUGAAGGCGGGGCUGCCGGCCAAAGCGGCGCGGCUGGCCAUGAGCCGAGAGGAGCUGCUGGGCAACGCGGACCUGGUCAACCGCGUGGCCACGGCCCUCGUCCGAGGGGAGCUCUUCGAGCAGGCUGGGGAGCUCUUUGAGAAGAUGCGGAACCCGCAGCGGGCGCUGGAGUGCUAUCGCAAGGGCAGCUCGUUUCUGAAAGCGGUGGAUCUGGCACGUGCGGUCUUCCCAGCAGAGGUGGUGAAGCUGGAGGAGGGCUGGGGGGACCAUCUUGUGCAGCAGAAGCAGCUGGAUGCUGCCAUCAACCACUACAUUGAGGCCAGGUGUGCUGUCAAGGCCAUCGAAGCGGCCCUGGGGGCGCGGCAGUGGAAGAAGGCCAUUUACAUCCUGGACAUGCAGGACAGGAACACAGCGGCCAAGUAUUACCCCAAGAUUGCCCAGCACUACGCAGCGCUGCAAGAGUAUGAGAUAGCAGAGGAGUUGUAUGUCAAAGGAGACCACACCAAGGAGGCCAUUGACAUGUACACGCAGGCCGGGCGCUGGGAGCAGGCACACAAGCUGGCGUCCAAGUGCAUGAGGCCGGAAGACGUGUCCGUGCUGUACAUCACCCAGGCCCAGGAGAUGGAGCGGCAGGGCAAAUACAAAGAGGCCGAGAGGCUCUACAUCGCGGUGGACGAAGCAGACUUGGCCAUCACCAUGUACAAGAAGUGCAAGAUGCACGGAGACAUGAUCCGCCUGCUGGCCAAGUACCACGAGGACCUGCUCAGCGACACACACCUGCACCUGGGCAAGGAGCUGGAAGCCGACGGGCACCUGCAGGAGGCCGAAUAUCAUUACCUGGAAGCCAAGGACUGGAAGGCGGCCGUGAACAUGUUCCGCGCAAACAACAUGUGGGACGAGGCCUACAGGGUGGCCAAGGCUCACGGCGGAGCAAAUUCCCACAAGCACGUGGCCUUCUUGUGGGCAAAGAGCCUCGGCGGAGAAGCUGCUGUGAAGCUCCUCAGCAAGUUCGGACUUCUAGAGACGGCUGUUGACCACGCAGCCGACAACAACAUCUUUGACUUUGCCUUUGAGCUGGCCAGACUCUCACUGAAGCAGAAGCUGCCUGAGAUCCACUUCAAGUACGGCUCCUUCCUGGAAGACGAGGGCAAGUUUGAGGAGGCAGAAGUGGAGUUUGUGAAGGCCGGGAAGCCAAAGGAAGCAGUGCUGAUGUUCGCCCACGCCCAGAACUGGGCCGCUGCCCAGCGUGUCGCCGAGGCUCACGACCCCGACAGUGUGGUGAUUGUGCUGGUGGGUCAGGCCGAUGCGGCCUUCAAGCAGAAGGAGUUCCAGAAAGCCGAGGCCCUGCUGCUGCGUGCUCAGCGCCUUGACCUGGCUGUGAAGCACUACAAGGAGGCGGCCAUGUGGACUGACGCCCUCCGGGUCUGCAAGGAGUAUCUGCCUGGAGAUCUGGAGGCCUUGCAGGAGGAGUACGAGCGAGAAGUAGCCAAGAAGGGCCCCAGGGGCGCUGAGGGCCUCCUGGAGCAGGCGCGGGAGUGGGAGCAGGCCGGCGAAUACGCCCGGGCCGUGGACUGCUACCUGAAAGUGCGUGAGCCCAGCAGCAAUGGUGCCCUCCUGGAGAGGUGCUGGAUGAAGGCCGCUGAGCUGGCCAUCAAGUUCCUCGGCCAGCCCCGGAGCAUCGAGGUCAUGCGGACCGUCGGGCCCCAGCUGGUCAGCAUCCGCAAAUUCAAUGCGGCUGCAGAGCUCUACCUCAACCUGGACCUGGUCAAGGAAGCCAUCGAUGCGUUCAUGGAGGGGGAAGAGUGGAACAAGGCCAAGCGGGUGGCCAAGGAACUGGACCCCAGGUAUGAGGAGUAUGUGGAUCAGCACUACAAGGAAUACCUGAAGGACCAGGGCAAGGUGGACUCGCUGGUGGGCGUGGAUGUCGUGGCUGCCCUCGACAUGUAUGUGGAGAGGGAGCAGUGGGAGAAGUGCCUUGAGACGGCAGCCAAGCAGAACUAUAAGGUGCUGCACAAGUACGUGGCUCUGUACGCCACCCACCUCAUCCGAGAGGGCGGCUGGGAUAAAGCCCUGAGCCUCUACGUCCAGCACGGCGCUCCUGCCAACGCCCAGAAUUUCAACAUUUAUAAGCGGCUUUUUGUGGAGAUGGUGAACGCUGCCAACCAGAACCGUGCAGAGGCCUUUCGCAGCUGGGCGGACCUGCGGGACGUGCUCUUCAACCUGUGUGACAACCUUGUGAAGUCCAGCGAGGCCAACACACCUGCACACGAGGAGUUUGAGACCAUGCUGCUUGUGUCUCACUACUAUGCCACGCGAGCCGCAGCCCAGAGCAUCAAGCAGCUGGACACUGUGGCAGCCAAACUCUCCGUCUCCUUGUUGCGCCACACUGAGAUCAUCCCGGCAGACAAGGCCUUCUAUGAAGCUGGGACGGCAGCCAAGGCAGUCGGUUGGGAGAACAUGGCCUUCAUCUUCCUGAACCGCUUCCUUGACCUGACCGAUGCCAUCGAGGAGGGCUCCUUGGAUGCUCUGGACCACUCGGACUUCCAGAACACCGACAUCCCCUUUGAAGUGCCGCUGCCUGCCAAGCAACACGUCUCGGAAGAGCAGCGCGAGGAGAUCCGGGAUUGGGUGCUCACUGUCUCCAUGGAUCAGCGGCUGGAGCAGGUGCUGCCGCAGGAUGAACGGGACACCUACGAGGCUUCGCUGGUGGCGGUGAGCACGGGCGUGCGUUCCCUGCCCUGCCUCAUCACAGGCUACCCUGUGCUGAGGAACAAGGUGGAGUUCAAGCGGCCCGGCAGAGAGGCCGACAAGGACAGCUGGAACAAGUUCCUGAUGGCUGUCAAGAUGUCCCACAGCCCGCCCUGCCAGGACGUCCUCCAGUUCAUCGGCCAGUGGUGCGGGGGCCUGCCCAGCACCAGCUUCUCCUUCCAGUGAGCCGCUCUCUUGCCUGGGCUGGAUUGCUCUCCUCUCUUAUUAAUAAAGGUCUUGUUUGUACAGCU